UCUUCUUCUCAAUCGCCUCAUGUCGAACAUUAUAUAAAUACUUCCGGGCCUCCUGGCUUUUCUCUUUUUCCCUCUUUUCCAUUUAUAAAAUUAACGGCCAAAAAAAGAACUCCGCAGAGAACAGCCCGUGUGUGAAAAUAUGCGAAGGUUUUUUGGCAUAGGCUCCACCGGAGGCUCGCCGCAGCAAGAUUCUCCGUCACCGUCACCGCCGACGUCUCCGUCUCCAUCGCCUCCACAGCGGUCCUCUAUCAAUGUCGCUACGGGACCAGCGAGACCGAUACGUUUCGUGUAUUGCGAUGAGAAAGGAAAGUUCCAGAUUGAUCCCGAAGCCCUUGUGGUACUUCAGCUUGUCAAAGAACCAGUUGGUGUUGUCUCCGUUUGCGGUCGCGCUCGUCAAGGCAAGAGCUUUAUAUUAAACCAGCUUCUUGGGAGGAGCAGUGGCUUUCAAGUAGCACCAACUCAUCGCCCAUGUACCAAAGGCAUUUGGUUGUGGAGUGCACCUUUGCGAAGAACAGCGCUUGAUGGAACAGAAUACAACCUUCUACUUCUGGACACAGAGGGAAUAGAUGCUUAUGAUCAAACGGGAACAUACAGCACACAAAUAUUCUCCUUGGCGGUCCUCCUCUCAAGUAUGUUCGUUUAUAACCAGAUGGGUGGUAUUGAUGAAGCUGCGCUUGACCGCCUCUCUCUGGUCACUGAAAUGACUAAGCAUAUACGUGUUAGAGCCUCUGGAGGAAGGACCAAUGCCUCUGAGAUUGGACAGUUCUCCCCAAUCUUUGUUUGGCUGCUAAGGGAUUUUUAUUUGGACUUGGUUGAGGAUAAUCGCAAGAUAACACCACGGGACUACCUAGAGCUUGCUUUGCGGCCUGUUGAAGGUGGCCGGAGAGAUGUAACCGCUAAAAAUGAGAUUAGGGAGUCCAUUCGUGCUCUUUUCCCUGACAGAGAAUGCUUCACCCUUGUGCGGCCACUGAGCAAUGAAAAUGAGCUCCAACGGCUUGACCAAAUACCUUUGGAAAAAUUGAGGCCAGAGUUUAAAGCAGGUCUUGAUGCAUUGACAAGAUUUGUUUUUGAGAGGACUAGACCGAAGCAAUUUGGAGCUACUGUAAUGACAGGACCAAUAUUUGCCCGUAUAACUCAGUCCUUCCUCGAUGCUCUUAAUAAAGGGGCAGUGCCCACAAUUACAUCUUCGUGGCAGAGUGUUGAGGAAGCUGAGUGUCAAAGGGCAUAUGAUUUGGCUGCUGAAAUGUACAUGUCUUCUUUUGAUCGUUCUAAGCCUCCGGAGGAAGCAGCACUAAGAGAAGCACAUGAAGAUGCUGUCCAGAAGUCCAUGGCUUCAUUUAAUAGUACAGCUGUAGGGGCUGGAUCCAUCAGAACCAAAUAUGAGAAACGUCUCCAGAAUUUCAUAAAGAAAGCAUUUGAGGACAUUAGAAAGGAUGCUUUUAGGGAGUCUUCUCUACAGUGUUCAAAUGCGAUACAGGACAUGGAAAAUAGAUUAAGAAAGGCAUGUCAUGCUCCUGAUGCAAAAGUAGAUACUGUGCUAAAAGUUCUUGAUGAUUCUGUGUCCAAAUAUGAAGCAAUGUGUCAAGGUCCUGAAAAAUGGAGAAAACUACUUGUCUUCAUACAACAAAGUUUAGAAGGGCCACUUCUUGAUCUCAUUAAAAAACAAUUAGACCAAAUUGGGUCAGAGAAAACUGCUCUUGCAUUGAAGUGUCGUUCCAUCGAGGAUAAGAUGAGUUUCCUUAACAAACAACUGGAAGCUAGUGAGAAGUUUAAAUCUGAAUAUUUGAAGCGCUAUGAAGAUGCCACCAGUGACAAGAAGAAGCUUGCAGAAGAUUAUGCAAGCCGUAUUGCAAAUUUGCAGAGUAAACACAGUGCAUUAGAAGAAAGAUAUACCAGCUUAGCAAAAGCAUUAGAUUCUACUAGACUCGAGUCUAUGGAAUGGAAAAGGAAAUAUGAACAGGUACUCUCAAAGCAGAAGGCUGAGGAGGAACAGUCAAAUGCAGAAAUAAGUUUUCUGAAGGCGAGAACUAGUGCUGCCGAAGCCAGGGUUAAUGCUGCCAAAGAGCAAGCUGAAUCAGCUCAAGAGGAGGCAGAGGAGUGGAAGCGUAAAUAUGACAUUGCUGUCAAGGAAGCAAAGAAUGCUCUUGAGAAGGCAGCAGCCAUCCAAGAGCGCACUAACAAGCAAGCACAAAUGAGAGAAGAUGCUUUAAGGGAUGAAUUUUCGAGUACUUUGGUUAAUAAGGAAGAGGAGAUUAAGGAGAAGGCAUCAAAGCUUGAGCAGGCUGAGCAGCGUUUGACAACAUUAAAUUUGGAGCUGAAGGUUGCGGGGUCAAAGAUACAGAACUAUGAUCUGGAAGUAUCAUCCUUAAAGCUUGAAAUUAAGGAAUUAGGUGAAAGGUUAGAGAACAUCAAUGCUACUGCACAAUCAUUUGAAAGAGAAGCUAGGAUUCUGGAACAGGAGAAAGUCCAUCUGGAGCAAAAGUAUCGGUCUGAGUUCAGUAGAUUUGAAGAUGUCCAGGAUAGAUGUAAAUCAGCUGAAAGAGAGGCAAAAAGAGCAACUGAGCUGGCUGAUAAAGCAAGGGUCGAAGCAGCUACUUCCCAGAAAGAGAAGAGUGAAAUCCAUCGAGUAGCUAUGGAAAGAUUGGCUCAGAUUGAGAGGCACGAGAGAAGUAUAGAAAACUUGCAGAGGCAAAAAGAUGAAUUGGCUAAUGAAGUAGAGAAGCUUCAUGCAUCUGAGUUCGAUGCGCAGUCAAAAGUUGCAAUACUGGAGGCCAGAGUUGAAGAAAGGGAAAAGGAAAUUGAGUCACUUCUGAAAUCAAAUAAUGAACAGAGAGCCAGUACUGUGCAAGUCCUUGAGAGUCUGUUGGAGACUGAGCGUGCUGCACGUGCUGAGGCAACCAAUAGGGCAGAAGCACUAUCUGUUCAGUUGCAAGCUACACAAGGAAAGCUGGACCUUCUUCAGCAACAGUUAACUGCAGUUCGGCUGAAUGAAACAGCAUUAGAUAGCAAACUUAGAACUGCUUCCCAUGGAAAACGUGCCAGGAUAGAUGAAUACGAAGCCGGUGUCGAAUCUGUUCAUGAUAUGGGCACAAAUGAUAGACUAGCCAGGGGAAAUAAGAGAUCAAAGAGUACGACCAGCCCCCUGAAAUUCACUGGUCCAGAAGAUGGGGGUUCCGUGUUUAGGGGAGAUGAUGAUACUAGUAGUCAACAAACAAAUACUGAGGAUUAUACUAAAUACACGGUGCAGAAACUGAAGCAAGAGCUUACGAAGCAUAAUUUUGGGGCUGAACUGCUCCAAUUGAAGAAUCCGAACAAGAAGGACAUUCUAGCGUUAUACGAAAAAUGUGUUCUCCAGAAAUCAUAGCUUCCAAGCUGCUUUGUAGAAAGGUUUUAAGUAACACGGAUUGUGCGACAAAAAUUUGACAAGGCGAUCUCGGACGUCUUACAAGAUUUUAAAUGGAGAGCUUUGUUCCACAUUAUGACAGAUGCUUGGUAUAUCUGCUGCUGCUGCUGACUUAACCGUUGGUGUAACUUAAUGUAUUCUAUCUGGAGUGUUGUCUACUGUUGUAUUAGACAUGUUUUUUGUUCGUUGGUAGGCUGUUUUAGGAAGAUUACUUAGUGAGCUGCUGCGAGUCAGAGUUGAAAUUAGUGGAUUGAAGAGACUACUAGUAUGCGUAAUGACCCUCGUUUUAGGAAUGACUCUAGGUUUUAAGUUUGUUUUAUUCGUCUUCUUUCUAUGUUUUCUAUGCAGAUGGUUAGUGGUUGGUAAUUGGUAGGAUGACGUUACGUAAAUCCUAGUUCCCAGGACAGGCAUGUGGUGUAAGAAUUCCUGCUCAGUUAGUUGAUUUCCUUUUUUCCUUUCUAACUCCGUUUCCUGUAAACUAUUGUUGAUGCUGUAAACUGAAAAGAUCGAAUUGUUUAA